AUGGAUCACUCGGAGCUCAUCGCCGAGCUGCCCGAGAUUGAACGGAUGACGGCGCAGGAGAGAAUAGCUCUUGCCAGAGAUCGACGGCGGUUGCAACUUCGAAAAAACGAUGAAAGAGAAAGAGCUCUUCCGCCUCCUCGACCUCGUCGACAACGUCUUCAUUUUGCGGCUGAAGUGGAGCUACUCGAAGCCACGUGUCGAGCAGAUUACGCGGAAGUAGAACGGCUGCUAAACGAAAAUGCCAAUCCAAACCUUCACAAUGACGAUGGAUUGACACCUUUACAUCAGUGUGCAAUUGACGAUAAUCAACAAAUCAUGCUUCUUUUGUUGGACAGAGGAGCAAAUGUGAACGCACAAGACACGGAGCAAUGGACACCUCUGCAUGCGGCUGCCUGUUGUGCUCAUAUAAAUAUUGUGAAAAUUCUGAUUCAAGCUGGUGCCAAUUUAUUAGCCGUCAAUGCCGAAGGCAACAUGCCAUAUGAUAUAUGUGAUCAUGAAGAAACUCUGGAUGUUAUUGAAAGUGAAAUGGCUGCACGGGGAAUCACGCAGUCGUACAUUGACGAAAUGAGAGGAGCACCAGAGAAAGCAAUGUUAGAUGACAUGAAAAUGCUCCAUCAGCAAGGAAGAGAGCUGGAUGUCCGAGCACCAGAUGGUUCCACAUAUCUCCACGUAGCAUCUGCGAAUGGUUACUACGACGUUGCUGCAUUUUUACUUACCUGCUCUGUUUCCCCGCUGAUCCGAGAUAAUGACUUUUGGCAGCCAGUGCAUGCUGCUGCUUGCUGGGCACAACCUGAUCUCAUUGAACUGCUUUGCCAAUAUGGAGGUGAUAUUCAUGCAAAAACCAAAAAUGGAGAAACGCCGAUGGAUCUAUGUGAGGAUUUAUCAACGAAACAGGUCAUCACAGCACUGGUUCAAACGGAAGCUAGACGUCGACGACUGGCAUUCGGAGUUCGCGAUUCUAGAAGACAGAGCAAGAAAAGGAAGAAGUUCGAAUCGCCACAACAAGGUGCUACAACUGGAGACAAUCCGUUUUCUGCUCGUGGAGCCAUUCGCCGUCAAUCUCUUCGCGAUAGAAGUGGACUCACGCCCGCCAGAAUUGAGGCUCAGAAAGAAGGAGCUGAUAUUUUGCGAACGUGGUCAAAAGAAGACGUCUCGGCAGAUGUACAUGCUUCGCAAGCCGGUUCACUUCAACACCAGAGAGAAUCACCGAGUAAACGAGUGCUCAAGGUAAGCUGUGAAGAACAAAAAGACAGUAUCUCUCACCCUUCGAAGUAUUAUUUUCAGAGUUCGCAAAAUAAACAAGCAAAACCAAUGUCGCCGGACGAAUGGCUACGAAAACUUGAAACGAAUGGAACGGCUGAUGAUGACUUGGAUACGACGCCGAAGCGUGGUGGAAGUACAAGAAGGAGGCAGAAAAAAGUUCCAGGAGACUUGUCAGAUUCUCGGAAUGGCGAUGGUAGGCGGCAGAAGUCAACUUGUUGCUGUGUGAUAUGCUGA